AUGGCGGGGGGGGGUCUAGCGGCCUGCGGGGGAGGGGCAGCGGGGGGGCGGGGCGCGGCGACGCCCUUAAAGCGCAACAUCACUUCCGGUUCGCACUUCCGGGUCCUGCCGCCGCCGCCGCCGCCGCCGCCGCCGGUAACGGCUCCGGGCCGGCCCCGCCAUGUUCCGCCUCCUCCUCCUCCUCCCGCCGCCGCCGCCCCCAUGAGCCGCAAGAAAAGCGGCUUCGCCAUCACCAGCGUCCGCGGCGGCGGCGGCGCCGCGCCCGGCGAUGCCAGCGGCGCCGCCACCGGCUCUUCCUCUUCCUCCACCGGCAGCCCCGGCAGCGGCUCCCGGUUCCGCCUCGUCCGCUUGCUGUGGCCGGGGGAGGUGCUGCGGCGGGGCCGGUGGCUGUGCCGCGAUUUCUACGAGCGGGACGCGUCCCCGCGGGGCGGCGGCGGCGGCGGCGGCGGCGGCGGGAGGGUCCCGGUGUCGCUGGACGCCCCCCGGGCCGCCGCCGCCCCCCACCAGCCCCGGUCCCUCGGGGCCUUCGCCGAGCUCGUGCAGCAGGCGCUGCCCCCCAAACCGCCCUCGCCACGCCCAGGGGGCGGGGCCGAGCUCAGCGCGCGCCUGGGAUUGGCUGGCGAGGAGGGCGAGGAGGAGGGCGCCGGGAGCGGCGUCAGCGCCAUCGACAACAAGAUCGAGAGAGCCAUGGUGAGACCG